AGGAAGAAGGAAGGUUUGGAGCUAUAAAAAUGGUGUUUCCCGUCGGAUACACGGAGCUUCUCCCGCUGAACAUCUCCUGGUCACCGCCGCCUUCGUCUUCCGACUUUGACUCCUUCUCCAACUCGUUUGCGUUGUUCACGCUAUGGUGGUCGUCGUCUGUCGGAGGUGGAUUCUUGGAUUUUUCAGCACCCGUGUCGGCGAAGAUCUGCCAAGACUGCUUUAGUGAUCGGGUGCGGCCGUGCGGUGAAAACUCGAGCUUCGGUUAGGGGUUUUAUUUUUUUUUUAAUUAUUUAAUUUGAGACAUAACACUUUUUUUCUUACAAUCAAACCUAUAAACUUUAUUAAUUAACUAGAGUAUCAUGUUUCAAAAUAGAUUAUAAAAAGAUAGGUGGCCUUCCAUCCCAAAUCUCCUCUGCAUCCCAAUGGCACAGCGUAUGGGCCAAUAAGUUGUCUGAUUGCAUUCUCUUCUUGCAAAACUCUACUAGGUCGGCCCAAUCCGGUUUGAUUCUAAUUCAAUCUUUGUGAGCAAAAGCCUAGCUUUCGUCCUUGUUUUCACCUGGUUCUUUAGUGACAAGAACAUCGUCUGGCAAUCUGUCUCCACGAUGACCUGCGGGAGGGCGUUCAUUUCCAUCAGUUAGAGACCAAACUGAAUCGCCCGGAUUUCAGCCAAUUCCGAUGACCAUUGGGCACGUUUGCGUCGGACUGCCGCCCACAUGAAGUUGCCAAGAUCAUCUCGCACAACGACUCCAUACCCUGUGCCCUCGUGGUCAGCAUCGUCGGGUCAACAUUCAUCUUCAGCCAGCCCGCCGCUGUUUUUUUCCAGGUGCGAAUUCGUUCCUCUGCCUGGACCAUCUCUUGUGUGUUUUAAUUUUGGUAUUCCUCUCAGUAACCGAUCGCUUUCCUAGCAAUUUUCCAUUCCUUCGCGUUAUGAUUGUUGAACAAGUGGUUGUUUCUCUCAUACCAGAUGAAUCAUAGUAGAACCCCAAACUGCCCUAAAGUGUCAUCAUCUGUCAUUUCCAUAACUUCACACAACCAUCUUCCAGAUGUUACGGUUCUAUCUUGUUCGCAUAAAUUCCUAAAGGAGGUAGGUCUCCAGAUUCGAGUUGUUGUCCAUUCAUACUCCCUGAAAAUAUGGUUUUGGGUUUCCUCCAAAUCUCAAAAGGGACAAUUGGGGCUUGCAUCCUUCUUCCUGAUCUCUAUUGUGCCAACCUCCAAAGGAAAACUCUUACCUUUGAGGGGAUAGAUAGUAUCCAUAAUCGCUUCCCGUUCAUAGGGUCAUACACCUCCACUCCUGUCACCUGCUCAUCCUCAGGAUCUUGUACCAUUUCCUCCCAAUGUGUCUCCUGUUCUGUUUUCUUCUUGAACCAAAACCAAUAAGCUGUUUUAACAGAGUAAAUUCCAUUCUUCUCAAAACACCAUACUCGUUCAUCCUAUGCUGGUUGCCUAGGGAUUGGGCUCCCUUGAUUUCUGACCCUGUUCACUAGGUUGAACUGCUACUGUAAGACGUUAGACUUCCAUGCCGUAAUAUCACGAUCAAUGAGUUCAGCCACUGUUGAUGUUUCCCCUAUUGCACACUAUAGAGUAGUUAUUAUGUAGCCAUCCUCCUAUGUAUUUUCUAGCCACCUGUCCUGCCAAAUAUCAGCCAUUCUUCCAUCUCCAAUCAUCCAUCUUAGACCCUCUUUCACCAAAGUCUGAGCUGCAAUUAAGCUUAUCCACGUGAAUGUAGGAUUAUACCCCACCCUUGCAUGUAGCACGUCUGUAUUUGUAUAGUAUUUAGCUUUUAGGACUCAUGCUACAAGCAAGUUUGGACUUUGUAGUAGGUUCCAAACUUUUUUCCCGAGUAAAGCCAAAUUGAAAGUCUUGAGGUCUCUAAAGCCUAAUCCUCCCUCUUUCGUGGGCUUACAGAGUUUCUUCCAGGCCUUACAUGGUAUUCUCUUCUCUUCCUUCUUCUUUCCCCACCAGAAACUAGCAAUAGCUUUCCUCAAUUCGUCAAGUACCCCAUCAAGGACCUGAAAGACUAACAUUGUGUAGGUGGCCUGUGACUGAGCCACAGCCUUGAUCAACACCUCUUUAGCUGCCACUGAAAGUGUCCGACUCUUCUAAUGUGUUAUCAUUUUUCUCACUCGAUCCACUAGUACCCCCAAAGACUUCUUUCUUCUGUCUCCCAACAACCGUAGGGAGCCCUAGGUACUUUUGGUGAGAUACUACUUGCUUCAUUCCCAUAAUAUCUACAAGGCGUUGUCUUUGGUCUGAGUUCAGGUUAGGUCUAAAACUAACCCCUGAUUUUGCUAGAUUCACCAUCUGUCCUGAUUCUUCUUCGUAAAUUUUCAAAAUCUCCUACAACUUACUGCACUCAGUAGAGGUAGCUCUUUCGAAAAAGAUGCUAUCAUCUGCAAAGAGUAGGUUGGAGAUCUUAGGCCCCCUCACCGAGCACUUUAUUCCAUGAAUCUUUCCUUCUCUGGUAGCCUUGUUUACUAGGUCAGACAAUCCCUCUGCACAUAACAGGAAGAGAUAUGGUGAGAUGGGGUCACAUUGUCUCAGACCUCUCUCUGGUUGGAAGCUUUCCGUUUGGUGCCCAUUCACCACUAGGGAAUAAGAAACUGUUGUGACACAGUUUAUCACUAACUUAACCCACUGUUCAACAAAACCUAGUUUCAGCAUCAUUUGCUCGAGAAAGUGUCAUUAUGAACGAUCGUAGGCCUUUGAGAUAUCCAAUUUUGCUGCCAUCAGACCUCUUUUGUUCUUUUUCUUCUGUUUCAUGGUAUUGAAACACUCAAAAGCCACUAGAACAUUGUCUGUGAUGCUUCUACAUUGCACAAAGGAACUCUAUGUCUCCCCAGUCACCAUGUCUAGAAUGGUCAUCAAGUGGUUAGCUAUUACUUUCGACAGGAUUUUGUAUAACACCUUGCAUUGACUUAUUGGUCUAACCUCUUGUGGAGUUUCUGGCCUCUUAGUUUUUGGUAUCAGUGCUACCAAGGUGUGGUUUAGCUGUUGCGGGAACUCUCCCAACUCUAAAUAGGAUCAACUCAUUUAACGAUCAAUUAACGUAUAAUUGGAUGAAAGAGUAAAUUUGCUACGUAUAAAUAAUAGAAGGGUUUGUUUGUGCCAAAAUUUACUAGAGGAGUACGUUUGUUAAUUUAUUUACCAUAAUAGAGGGGUACAAUACUAUUAAGGCCAAUACUAUGGUGCCGCUGUAAAAACUGCGGCACCGGAGACGCUGAUUCUUAUUGGGCCACGUGGAGCUGAUGUGGCAUUAACUGAAUUCAUUUAACCCAAAUCCAAAUAUUAACCUAGCAAGCUGGGCGAACCCUACCACCGUCAAACUAACAGGAUGCCUUGGUUUUUUUUUUUUUUACGAAUGAUGCCUUGGUUUUUUUUUCCAUUUUUUUGGCAAUGUUUUAUUUUUCCAUUUAGUUUUCGCUUAAUUAUUUUUCUCCAGAAAUUAAAAACGAUAAAAAAACACGAAAAGCAAACCCAAAAACGUCUCCUCCAUCUCCCGCUCGUCUUAUUCUGAAAACAGUGCAGUGUCCGGCGAAGUUAUCUACCACACACGCAGCGAGCAGCUCCUCCGGGCUCCGGCUUCUAGGGGCAUCGACCGAUCCUCCCGCUCCCAACGACGAUUACCCACUCCAUAUCCUCUCGUUCCAACCAUUUCAACUCUUUUCUCCACCCAAGAUUCCCUUAAUGAAUUCUAGGGCUCCACAAUCCAGAUUGUCAAUCCAGUGUCAAAGAAUCCUGGCAUUACGAACUUCUUCACAAACAGCUGUUCAGGGAAGAAACAAAAGGAGAAAGUGCUACAUGAAGUGCUCGAUUGGCUCAAUUGCACCCCACAAAGGGAGUGGAGAAGAAGUCUCAGUCAGAAUGACAGUUUGGGGACGUGAGGGUUUGUAUUCUAUCACCUUACUUGUAUACAUGAAAUGUUGAUUCCCCUUUGUUUCACCAUCUUAAUUGACUUGUAAUUUCCGUUUGAGUACCUUAUCCGGAAAUGUAUGCCACUCUCUGCCUGUGAACCACUACUUCCCCUUUUUCUGGUAUCCAUGUUGAUCACUCAGAUAUCUGGUCAUAUUCUCUACAAAGUGGUGUUUUGAAUUUAUUUAGUUUUCAUUCUGGGUUUGCGCUAAUAGGUUUUUACUAGUUUCUCUGUUAGCUCUCAAGGGGAGGUGCCUUUCCCUGCAUAGGCUUGCUUUAAAAAGAAAUUUGGCUUUUACUUUAAUGUGCAGAGUAGUGCCCUUGCCCGAGCACCUGUACUGUUGAUCGAGAUAGGGAAGCACUGAGGCUCGCAAGUAAUGGCACUGUUCAGACUGAUGAACAGACAUUAUCAAUUGAUGUUGAUGGUUGGGAAAAGACAAAAAUGAAGAAGAAGCGCUCUGGGAUUAAACCUGAUGCUUCUUCAAGUUCAGUCCCUACAAAGCCCACUGACUUAUACCGUGAUCCUAAAGAGGGGCUGCACUGACGCCCGUUCAAGGUUGAACGGCGACUCUCAUGGUUUCAGGUGUGCAACUGGGUCUGUUUAUUGUUUACGCAUACAUCAAUAACUAAGGUGUUAAGUUGGUGGUUAAUUGUUCAGAAACUUGAGGUCCCUUCUUCAGUUGUUUUCGGCAACCUACUUGAUAAUGCUUGUUUGAUUGAAUCUACAUAUAUAUGCAGAAACAGUGAGGAAAGCAGAAAUGAUGAAUGUUUUCGUAUCUGUGAGACUUGAUUCAAAUAGUGGUGCCCCUUCUUGUUUGUUUCUUUAUUCCAUGGUCUCCAUCUCUGGUUUAGCCUUGAAGCAGUAAGAGAAGUGUAAUGGUGCCUAACAGGAAGAGUGAAAACACCUUAGCUACAGAUCCUCAUAAUAUUAUGAUGCAAUUUUAAGGUGCUUUUUGAAUUCUUGAUCAUGUUUAUAGUUCAAUUUUCUAUACUUUGUGGUACAUUUACAAAUCUUAGGCGCUGGACUACAAAGAACUUUCAGUUAAGAUUUUACUUGCGUGGCGUAUAUCAUGCUGGCGGGUUGUAAAGUUCUAGUAAUUACCAGAAUCGCGGUUUGUUCUGAAACGUGGACAAUGAUACUUACUAAGGUGUUUGAGUAAUUGUGCAGUCUGCUUACCAAAUAUUAUCAGAAGUAAUUGUCCACUUUCCAUGCUUGAUUCUUAGUUCAUUUUGAUAAGCCCAAGUCAAUUUGUUUUAGACUUUUAGUCUUUAUUUAACUGAAUUCAGAAUUUGCUGUAUGACAUGAUCAUGUACUAUUUUGAUGAUUACUGAUUUAUAUUUUAUACUUUUAGGCCAGGAGUUGCAAGUGCUGGUGGUGUUCGAAAACCCGACAGUGUCUCUCAGUCACCAGACUUGGGUGUCUGCUGAUCCGUCCCUAGGGUAGACCUUGAAAAUGGUUUCGUUCUAAAUGAUAGAAGAGAGUGCAUAGUCAGCUCAGCGAUGAAGUGGCGGGGGGUUCAAAAAUGACAGUUUGGGGUAGGAGUUGUUACUGAAUGACUCUGAACAGUGAUUUUGUUUGCAGAGUUACUAGUAAGUGAACUGAUGUAUAGAAACACAGAGCUAACCCUUCACUCCUUCAGGCUGAGUUCUACCUUUUUUGUCUACCUCUUUCGAAGACAACUCAUGUCUGUAACUCAAUAGAGUUUUCUAAUAUUA